AUGAGGUACCUCGUCUUCGGCGCCGACGGCCGCGAGGGCCGGGCCGUCGUCGAGGGGCUGCUGCGGCGGGGCGUGGCCUGCGACGCCGUCGCCGCCGCGGCGCGCCACCUGCGGAGCGAGGCGGCGCACGCGCUCGGCGACCUGGGCGUCGCCGUGGUCCGCGCGCACGCGGGCAGCCCCGCGAGCGUCGCGGCGGCCCUCGAGCGCGUCGGCGCCGAGCGCGUCUUCUUCUCCACGGACUACUUCGCGAGAGGGAGCGGGACCGUGGACCGCGCGCGCGCGCGCGGCGCGGCCGUCGUCGAGGCCUGCGAGCAGUCGCCGACGGUGGACUACGUCGUCUACGGCUCGUCCUGCGACUGCGACCGCGCGCCGCGCCGCGUCGCGCACUUCCGCGCGGACCGCGCCGUCGAGAGGCGGCUCGAGAAGCGGCUCCUCGGCGACGUCGACGUCGCCGUCGUCCGCAAGGCGGCGCUCCUCGACGAUUUAGAGGUCGUGCCGGAUGCGGCGGGGCGGCCGCGCUAUCUCCGCUACGUGACCAAGGCGGAGACGGCCGUGCAGUGGACGUCGCUCCUCGACUUCGGGAAAGCGGCGGCGGCCGCGCUCGAAAACCGCGACCGCUUCGCGGGCCUGACGCUGGACGUGGCGACGUGCGAGCACGCCGGGCCCGAGCUCGCGAAACUCCUCGGCGCCGUGCUCGGGGCGCCCGUGGCCUACGCGGAGAUGAUGCCGCGCAUCGAGAUGAAGCUCCACCACCCGGAGAUUUUUUUCAUGACGAAAUUCCUCGAGACGCUCGGCGGCUCCCCGCGCGCGGAAUCAAAUCUGCAACCCGACUUCAAUGUGCGCGUAUUCGAAUGCGGCUACACGGCGGACGUCCGCGUCUUCCGCCGCGAGUUCCCCGACGCGCUCGGCGCCGCGGCCUGGUUCGCGCGCAACGGCGGCGCCUGGGCGCCGGACGCCGGCGGCGGCCGGAGCCGCGCGGCGCGGCGGCGCCGGGUCCGGGACGCGCUCGCCGCGCCGCCGCCGCCGCCGGAGCGGCCGCCGCCCUGGUCGCCGCCGCCGAGCUCGCGGAGCCCGCCGCUCACGGGCCGGUCCCAGCUCUCGGAGCUCACGGCGGCGUCGAGCCAGCCCUUCUCGCCGCCGGCGCCGCGCCGCUACCUACUCGGCGCGCGGCUCCCGGCCGACGACGACGGCUCGUUCCCGUCCUUCGACUCGCGGUCCUCGAGCCGGCCGUCCACGGCGCGCCGCGACGCGCCGAGCCGGCCGUCCACGGCGCCGGGCCUCAUCUCGCCCGUCGUCUCGCCCGUCGCGCCCCGCCGGUCCAUCGGCGCGAAGCUCCAGCUGCCGCGGAACUCGACCUACAACAAGAUCGAGCGCUUCGCGCGCGGCGACGCCGACGAGCUCGGCCGGCGGGCGCCGAGCCGGCGCCGCGUCGCCAUCGGCGCCCUCGCGACGCUCGACGCGCUCCCCGACGACAUGGUCACGUCCAGCCCGUACGCGAGCAUGCUGGAAAAGCGGCCCAUGCGCCAUCUCAUCGCGCGCCUCGCGUCCGUGGGCUUCUUCGUCAACUUCCAGCCGUCGGAGCCCUUCCUGACCUGGUACCUCCUGCGCCGCAAGGGCGUGAGCGCGCGCGCGCUCAACGCCGUCGUGUGGCCCUGCGAUACCUACGGCGCCCUGCUCUUCACGCUGCCCGUGGCCGCGUACGCGGAGCGCGUCGGCUACCGGCGCGCGCUGCUGCUGGGCAUGGCCUGCCGCGAGGCGACGCGCGUCCUGCUGCUCUACGCGCGCGGCGUCGCCGCGAUGGCGGCCAUGCAGCUGACCUACGCGGGCGCCAUCGCGGCCCACGACGCCGUCUACGUCGCCCACGCCGUCGCCUGCGUGCCCCGGCGCGCCGCGGCGGCCGCGGCGGCGUACGCGACGGCCGCGUGCAAGCUCGGCGACGCGCUCGGCUCGCUCGCGGGCCAGUGCAUGCGGGGCUUCGGCGGCCGGCCCCUCGCCUCCGGCGACGCUCUGUUCUACGCGUCGUGGGCGAGCACGACGCUCGGCGCCGCGUCGCUGGUCUGGUGCUCGCCGCGGCCCGCGGAGCCACCCGAGGGCGACCGCUGGAGCGCGGCCGCGGCGCGCGCGGCGCUCCGGGACCCGCUCGGCCGCGCCUGGUCCGCCUGGUGGGUCGCGUCCGUUGGCGUCCACGCCGUCGCGGCGAACUACGCCCAGGAGCUCCUCGCGGACGCGUCCGGCGGCGACCGGGGCGCGCUCUACGGCGUGCUCGAGUGCGCCGCGGGCCUCGGGUCGUGCGUCGGCGCGGCCCUCGCGCCGUCGGCGCCGCGGCGGCCCCGGCUGCCCGCCGCGGUCGCCGCGGCCGUCGGCGCGCUCGACGCGCUCUCGGCGCUCCUCGCGCGCCACCGCCGGCCCUCUUUGCUCAUCGCCAACGUCGUCGGCCGCCACGUCUGCUUCGGCUUUGGGUUCGCGGCGGCCUGCGCGGGCAUCGCGGCCGCGGCCGCGCCGGCCGCGGAGGCGGACGGCGCGGUCGUAUCGCCGCUCCGAGGCGACGACGACAACGACGAACGCCCGAGCGACGCGCCAGAGCCGCCGCGCGCGCGCUGUGCGCUCAUCUACGGCGCCAACACGACGCUCGCGCUCGCGGUCGCCGCGGCGCUCCAGUGGGUCCUCGCCGCGCGGCGCGCGGGCGCGCCGGCCUACUUCGUCGCCGCGGCGGCGAUCCAGGCCGGGUUCGCCGCGCUGGCGCUUUGCGUCUUUCGAUAA